AUGGGCCAGUUUUUCGGGAAAAUAAAAGAAAAAAAGGAAUUUGUCCCAGACGAUGUAUUUAGUACUCCAAGUAGGAAAAUUGUCCGGCGUGUUGAAAUGGAUCCAAGAUCACCAACCACGACAAUACCACGAACGCCUAUUGAGGUUGAAAGUACGCCGAAAUCGAGUGACUCGUCAAUAACUCCACCCAAAAACAAAAAGAGACAGCAAAGGUUGCACGAAAAACUUCUACGCAAAAGUAAUGCUUCAUCUAGUACUUAA